AUGGUGGGUCCUACCAUCGAGCUGUUCAGCACUUCGAUAUUGUCCAACGUCAAGGUGCGCACCCGUCAUGAGCGUUAUACCUCGGUGCUGGCCAUCAAGAAGAUUGACUACGUGUACCACGAUCUCGCCUCGGACGACGAUGCCAAGAGCAGAUGGCGACGCAAGGCCAAGGAUCCGCAGCUUCCCGGUCUCUUGGUCAACAACGAAUGGGUUGGCUCGUACGACGAGUUUGAGGAGGCGGUCGAGUUUGGCGAGCUCGAGCUCUUCCUCGGCGUGUCUCCAACAUUGUCGCAGACGGAACCGCCAGCACGCCAUCCAGCACAAUCUGCGGUGAGCUCCAAAGAUCCCAGCUUAUACCCCACGCUCCCCUACGCAGCAGAAGGCGCUGGACGCUGGAAGGAGCCCGACGCAGAUCAAUUCAUCUCGACGCUCAACAUCAAAGAGGACGACCUCACGGAUGCCGACGUCGACGCACUGCUGGCAGACAUUGGCAAACUUCCCCCUGCGCCCGCCUCUACCUCGGAGAAAAAGUAUGUGCCUUCAAAGGAAGCCACCAUCAAGCCUUUGCGCCUGGCCAAGAUGGGCCCGACCACGUCGCAUCAAAGGAUGCCGUCCAGCUCUCCAAGUCCAGCAUCUGCAGCUUCGAGUGCAGGCACGCGAGGCUCACCGAUGGCUCGAUACUCAGCGACGCAAAGAUCCACUAAAGCGCUGGCUGCCGAGGCCUCGGCGCUCACUUCGAAUCGAAAAACGUCCGGGGCGCUGUUGCGCGAUGCUGUAUCUCAGGGUAAGACGCUCGACGAUGCGAUGGAAGAGAGCCGCAUGAAGCACAUUGUCAGCCAGGACAACAUCGACGAUUUGUUCGCUUCGCUCGGUCUGAGCAAUGUCAACAUCGGUGAUGACGAGGUGGACCAGUUCCUCGAGCAAGGUGCCAUCCCACAAGGCCUUCGUCUUGGCGGUGGUCGUGUGCAUCGUCCGACGUCAUUAGCGGACAGGGCCAGGGACGAAGCGGUGGCGAGGGACUUGGCGCAAAAGGCUAAGGGAAAAGGUCACGGCUCUGCCCGAGGCAGUCUCAGCAGUGGGAGCACAAAGGUGGCAGCUCUCGAACCUGCUGUCUUGGUCGGAUCGACCGUCGACGACAAAUCCAUCGAGCAGUCAUCGACACAAACACUGAGCCUUUCUGCUGUGACUGGGGCCACUUCGGAUGCUCCCGAGAAGUCAGUCGAGCUGGUCAAGGUGGAGGAACCCAAAGCAGGCUUGCUCGAUGCGCACGUUACGACCGAAGAUGGCGAUGUUUCCAAUGAUGCGUCUAUCGCAGAGCCCAAGCUGACGAAGACGGUGAAGACGCUAGAUACUCCGCUCGACCCGAUUGAGACUGCAGCCGAGCAACCCAAGACGGACACCGCCUCUUCCACCACGGAGCCCACCGCAAUUGGCAGAGCUACAGAGCCGGUUGUGGUCACAAAAGACGUGGAACAAGACUCUGACGCGAAUUCCAAGACCAGCGUGACUCUCGACAAAAUGCAGGAUUUAUCAGAGCGGGUUGAGGAUGAAGACAAGCCGACUGCAGACGACUCGAUUGCUUCUGGGCAAAGCAUUGGGGCACCGAAGGAGGCAGUAGCAACUGCGUCAAGUUCCAGCCAGCGUCUUUCAAGCAAGGAUGAUGAUAAGAGCAAGCCUGCUGUCACGGGAGUCGAUAACUCGUCUACGUCGCUGUCAAGGGAGAAAGAGAUGUUCGAUUCUCUGGCGACAACAGCAGCAGCAGAGGAAAGACCAGAAUUGCCGAGCAUCCCGGCAGGCUCAACUGAUGUUCAAAAAGGGAAGCCUAUCUCCAGCGACGAUGGCGAGGAAAGUAGCAACCGCAGCAUCAACAGGACCGGCUCUGCACAAGUCGAUGAGGAGCGAACCCCGACCAAAGAGACAGCAAAAGAUCCAAUCGCAGUUCAAGUGUCACCACCACCGCCUGCACCGGCGUCCUCAACCACAGCCACAACAGCCAUUCCAGCCUCAGCACAGGAGCAAGACAACGCUGAAGCAAGCUUUGAGCUCGAAUUGGCUCAAGCGGCUCUGAUCGCAUCACGAUACGAAGAUCACAAGUCAUCGGCCAUUCCCAAGUCGGAAGAGUCAGUCGAGAAGAGCCCGGUCGCUGUGCCGACCAGAGAUGAAGACUCGGCGAUACGCGAGGAGACGCCUAGGAAACAAGCUGGAUCGGACGCAGCAGCAGCAGGAUACAGGGGGCCUUUGUCUGUGCGUCAGGUAUCGUCGCGCAGAGCCAUUGACGUCUCGAGGCCUAUCGAUCCGGCCGCAGCGUCGCCAUCAUCAACAUCAUCGCCACCUGCACGGCUGCACUUCAACCACGCAGAUCUUUCCACGUCACCAGACACGUCUGCCAAGAAGAAGAAAAUAGGAAUUCGUGGAUUUGGACUUGGUAGGGAGAAGGACAAAGACAAAGAAAGCGACAGGAGAAAGGAGGUGGGAAGCAGCCACAAGCAGCCCCCAACUUCACGGCACGAGAGGACGAUUUCGCAGAUCCUCAGGGAAGCCGACGCGGUGCUACAGGACGACUUGGUCGGCGGUGGCCCGGACGGUGAAGAGGAGGAGGAAGAUCCAACCAUGUUUGGUGCUUCGAGCCACGACACGGACACUGCUGCUCCGACUCGAGCGCGAGCCUUGCCAAGCGCUUGA